UCCAUGUAUUUGAGCAUUUAGUCAUAAAUUAAUACACUUGCGUAUUCGAAAAUGGGGGCUCUCAACAUAGUAUUUGGGGUUGUAAUCUUGAUUAUAAAUGGAUGGAUGGCAAAUGGGUUGAGCAUGAAUUACUACAUCAUGACAUGCCCAAUUGCUGAUAUUAUAGUAAGAAAUGUUGUCCAAACAGCUCUGCAGUCUGAUCCCACUUUUGCUGCUGGCCUUAUUAGGAUGCAUUUCCAUGACUGCUUUGUAGAGGGGUGUGAUGGAUCGGUACUCAUCGAUUCGACCAAGAGCAACACUGCAGAGAAGGACUCUCCAGUGAAUUUAAGCUUGAGAGGGUAUGAAAUCAUUGAUGCUGCUAAGCGAGCAUUGGAGAGACAGUGCCCUGGUGUUGUUUCUUGCGCUGAUAUCGUCGCCAUGGCUGCAAGAGAUGCUGUUUUCUUUUCAGGUGGUCCAUUAUAUGAAAUUCCUAAAGGGAGAAGAGACGGAACGAGAUCUCAGAUACAAGACACCUUUUUUAAUUUACCCGGACCGUCCUUAAACGCUUCCGGGCUCAUCGCCGCGUUUGGCAAGCGCGGCUUCACUGCCCAGGAUAUGGUCGCUUUAUCAGGGGCGCACACGCUGGGUGUGGCCAGAUGUUCGUCUUUCAAGCCCCGACUGGAUGCAGCAGACCCCACUAUUGAUACUUCGUUCGCUAAAACCCUGUCCAAGACAUGCAGCAGCGGAGAUGACACGGAGCAGCCCUUUGAUUUGACCAGAAACACCUUCGACACUAACUACUUUAGCGCCCUGCAGAGACGCGCAGGGGUCCUCUUCUCCGACCAGACACUGUUUGAAUCUCCUGCAACUCGAGGGCUCGUCAAUAUGUAUGCCUUCAACAGAGCCAUGUUUAACAUGGAUUUCCAGCGUGCCAUGAUUAAAAUGGGACUGUUAGAUGUCAAGGAAGGCACCAAUGGAGAGAUCCGAAGUAAUUGUCACGUCAUCAAUUGAAUUCACCUGUAUAAUCGAUCACACAAGAACAUCUUUGUUUUCUCUAUCCUUGUAUCAGAAUACUAUUUAAAUGUGACUAUGUUGAAUGUUCAAAGUAAUGUAGUAAUAAAUAUUAUCUAUAGUUAAUAUUCAGAGAUUUCUAAGUUUCUUUUA